CACUCCAUCGAUCCAAUCCCCUAUUCCAUUACAAUGGUCGACGUCGACUGCCGCAUGUCCGGCCUCAACCCGGCCCACCUCGCCGGCCUCCGCCGCCUCUCCGCCCGCGCCUCCUCCUCCGCCGUCCCCGUCCUCCCGGGCCUCACCGCCGCCGAAUUCGCCCUCGCCGAGGCCGAGUUUGGCUUCUCCUUCCCCCCCGACCUCAAAGCCGUCCUCUCCGCCGGCCUCCCCGUCGCCCCCGGCUUCCCCGACUGGCGCUCCCCCUCCGCCCGCCCCCACCUCCGCGCCUCCCUCGCCCUCCCCGCCGCCUCAGCCUCCUUCCACGUGGCACGCAAUUCCCUCUGGCACAAGUCGUGGGGCACGCGCCCGUCCUCUCCCGAGAAGGCGCUUCAAACCGCCCGAGCCGCGCUCAAGCGGGCCCCACUCCUCAUCCCGAUCUUCAACCGCUGCUACAUCCCCUGCUCCCCUUCCCUCGCCGGGAACCCCAUCUUCUACGUCGACGAGAAUCGGAUCUUCUGCUGCGGACUCGACCUCUCCGAUUUCUUCGAUCGCGAAUCGAGCUUGUUUCACGAUCAAAUCUCAAUUACUAUCAACCAAUCGGAGAUCGAGAAAUCGAAUUUGAAUCUGAACAAUCGGAGGAGCCUCGAUUCCGGUGGAAGGGCCGCGCGGUGGGUGGAGUUCUGGAGCGAUGCGGCGGCGGAUCGGCGGCGGAGGAGCUCGAAUUCGUCGUCUUCCUCGCCGGAGAGGUGCGUCGAGGAGGCGAGAUCGGAGGCGCCGGAGUGGGUGGGGGAGUACGUGGCGCGGAUCGGGGCGGUGCUGAAGGGGGGCGGGUGGGGGGAAUCAGAGGUGGCGGAGAUCGUGGAGGUCUCGGCGGCGGGGUUCUUCGAGGAGGGGAUGGUGAUGCUGGACAAUCAGGCGGUGAUGGAUGCUCUGCUGGUGAAAGCGGAUCGCUUCUCGGAUACGCUCCGGAGAGCCGGAUGGAGCUCCGACGAAGUCUCCGAUGCGUUAGGGUUUGAUUUUAGGGCGGAGAAGGAGCCGAAGCCGCAGGUGAAGCUGUCGCCUGAGCUCGCCCACAGGAUUGGGAAGCUGGCUGAUUCCGUCAAUCGACCAUCUUUCUCUUCCUCUCGGUGA